AUGACCAAGACUAAUCUGGAUCUCGUCCGCGAGUGCGAUAACUUCCCUUACUACCAAGACAACCGCGUCGCCUAUGCGGAAACUCUGAAGAACUAUCAUGAAUUCCGAGUCUCGGGUUACGAUGUGACCCUGGGGUAUAUCGUCAAUGCCGUAGUGGAGAAGUUCCCGUGGCCUGAACAUAUCUGGUCCAUCGAUUCCGCGGCUCAGACCGUCACCCUGGUCACGGAUACAAAUGCCGAUCCCGCUCAACGGAGCGAACUCGUGGCGCAAAGUAUUGCCGAAGCCGUCAAACUCGGCUGUUUCGAGGUUCUGAAAGGAUGGCGAAAUGAAAAGUACCCCCUCUACGGACCUGGUGGUGAAUUCUUGCUUGAGAUGGAGCGCUGCGCCACGCCCUUGUUUGGCAUCGUCUCCUACGGCGCUCAUAUGACUGGAUACGUCGAGGACUCCACAGGCUUGAAGUUUUGGGUCCCGCGCCGUGCAAAGACCAAGCAGACCUACCCUAGCAUGCUAGACAACACCGUCGCGGGCGGAAUGAGCACUGGUGAAAUUCCCUUUGAGUGCAUUGUCCGUGAAGCCAUGGAGGAAGCCUCGCUACCGGAGGAUAUCGUGCGGGCUUCAGUCCUACCGGUGGGAUGUGUCACCUAUACACAUGUACGCGACUCUCGCGCCGGUGGAGAGACUGGCCUUGUUCAACCGGAGGUUGAGUAUGUCUACGAUCUGAAACUGGAUCCCUCGGUGGUUCCUAAGCCCUGUGACGAUGAAGUCGAAGAGUUCAAUCUGCUCACGGUCUCGGAGGUAAAAGAUGCAUUGGCUCGCGGGGAAUUCAAACCCAAUUGCUCAAUCAUCAUGAUCGAUUUCUUCAUCAGACACGGUAUCCUGACGCCCGAGAAUGAGCCCGAUUAUCUUGAUAUCGUGGCGCGCAUUCAUCGCCGCAUGGAGCACCCCACAGCUUCACAUUGCUUGAAAUAG